GCGCUGACGGAUGCUUAUGAUUCUUUCCUCCAUCUCUGCCUCGGCUUGUCGUCACAGUACCUUUUCAACUCCAUGUCCAUGGUUGCGCUCUUCAAGUUCCUGCUUUGCUCCUUUCUGGAGGCCCGCUACCUCCUCAUCAUUCUGCGGCAUCGGCGGCAUGAGGCUUUUGCUGAG